UGCUCUCAACCCAAUUUAGGAAGUGAGUCACGGCUCCGGCUUUUCCCAGAAUCAGGAAGGGAGGAGGAGGAAGAGGAGGAGUAGGAGGAGAGAGGAAGAACAUCACAGAGGAGUGCCAGAGGAGGGACACUGGGAGGGCGCAGGGUCCAGCAGCGUCUGCGGAGGAGAGAAAAGCAGCCAGAAAAGGUAGGAAACGGGAGUGUUUCGGCAUCCAUGACUGCGUGUAGGUGCGGGAGCGGCAGGAGGCGCGCGGGCAGCUGGUGACGGAGGACUUUGGAGGCGCGCGCGGACAUGGGAGAGUCUCAGUCGAGGUCAGUGAUGCUUCACCAUCAGGACCUGAAUUCCGCCUUCGGGGACGCCGACGAUAGCCCCUCCCCCCCGCUGCAGAACAGGAAAUGUGACAAGGACAGGAACUUCAACUUCCUGCCCGAAAAGGGCGACGACUUCCUCCCCGGAGACGAGAACCGCAACCAGAUGCGCCCCCGCAACCUGGCGUUGGGGCGCGACCCCCCGAGCUCGUCCUCCUCGCCCUCCUCGGGUUACCAGCUCAACGCGGGUCUCAAGUCGCCCCGCUCCCGCCUCCCCUGCUGGAGAACGCUGGAGCCUCUUCCUGAAAUCGAGAGCGGCGAUGACGGAUACGGCCGCGUUCCUCCAGACGGGGCAGAGGAGGAGGGGAUGGAGGAAGAGGAGGAAAGGGUGAUGAUGAUGAGGAUGAUGAAUCAAAGUGGCAAGAAGAAGGAGCUGAGUAGGCCGGAGGAGGACGAGGAGCUGGACGACGAAUGGGGAGACAGCGACUCGGAGUCGGAGGCGGGGUGCCGAUCUGGAGGCAGUCAGUCGUCUCUCAACAUGGAGAGCGGCGGAGAGGCGGCGACCUUCGCAGGCUGGGACCGCAUCGGGGUCGGAGAGCCCAAACUGGGCCCGACAGACGAGGCGAGCAACCUGGAGGGGGCGCUAUGCCUCCCAGGUGACCAGUCCUCUGACUCGGACGGCGAGCUGCCGGAGCUGAUGGACACGGUGUGGACGCUGCGCGACCGCGAGCGCUUCAAGGUGCAGGAGAUGGAGAAGCACCAGGCGCAGCUGACCAUGUACCGCCGGCUGGCGCUGAUCCGCUGGGUCCGCACGCUGCAGAGCCGCGUCCAGGAGCAGCAGAACCGCCUGCAGUCCAGCUUCGACGUCAUCCUCACUCACAGGAAGGAGCUGCUGCGCAUGGGAGCCGCCACCGUCGUGGCAAGCCCCGCCCCCACGGCUGCUGUGAGCCAGUCAUAGAGAGUUUGAGGACUAAGAAUUGACAGUCACACAACUUCCCAUUUGUUCGUUUGUCCUGCUGAGAGCUGGACGGCAGUCGUGUUCAACACGCACUUUAAGUGUAUUUGUGUGUUUGUCCUGAUGUGUGUAGAACCACAAUAUUGAAGAGAUUUUUACCCUGAAACGUGUUAAGAGUGUAAAUAAAGAGGAAAUCUGAA